UCGGUCAUUCUUUGUUUUUGUUACAUCUACUGCCGAUUUCUUUAUAUCUCUCGAUAGAUAUCCUCUAGAUAAAGAUGUACAAAAAAAACAUAUUUUAUCUUUUAGGUAAAGUUAUCGAAAACUUAUCUAGAAGUGAAAAAAUUGGGCCCUAAUGAGAGAUGAGAGAUAAAAAUACAGCAAAUUCGGUAGCCUGCACUAGUGAUAGAAUAAUUUAAUAGUGCAGAAAGUGCGCUCUUCCGAAAAUGUUGCAAUCCCUGGUCGCUCCACGUGGUAAACAUCCACUUAACUGUUACAUUACAAACCACGUGUUAGUCACACCGGUUUACCAUUCCGCGUAAUUCCGCGUUUGCGACAUAUAUUUUGUUAUUGUAUUUCAUUAAACACAACUCAAUUAUAUAUAUUCAAUUAUAUAUAUUCAACUUGAAAUUGUUAGCUCCAAAAAUCGCAUAAAAUUAAAUCCACAAUAACUGUAUGUUAUAAAAAUAAACGUAGAAAGUAUGCAUGUAAACAAAACAUUUGUGAAAGAUUGUGAAAUCAGCAAUAAUAUUUUAUAUAAUUAAUUAUAUUAAACAAUUUUACUAAUAAUGUACAAAGAAGUAAGAUGUAAUAUCAGUGUCACUAGAAAACGUACUCUGAAAAUAAAUCGCAGAACACGAUUCUUGUGCUAAUAAAAGUGAUACAUUCGGACGAUGAUCGAAGUAAUUUUGUUAUCAAUACAAUUUCAAAACGAAAAAAACAAUGUUUCUGAAAUUAUUAAUGCGUUCUUUGAGCGCAGGAAGACAUAUCAAAUUUCGUCCCAUGUUUCGUCGUUUAUAUCAAAGUGACAACAUGAUAAAUGAUCCAAUAACAGGAUUGUCAAUAUCUCAAAUAAAACAAUCUCUAAGACAAAAACAAAUUAACAUUGUAGAAGGACAUACAUGCAUAGUUAUAGAAUGUCCUUUUUGCGACGUGGAGAAAUCUAAAAAAACAAAACUUUAUAUCAAUAAAACAACAGGAUAUUUUAUAUGUGAGAAAUGCUGUUCUAAAGGCGAGUGGAACUUAUUAGAAAAAUUUGUUUCAUUAAUAAGAUCAAAUAAAUCGAGCAACAUAUUGAAAGAAUUGGAAACUUUAAAGAAUACCAUAACAGUUCGUGACAAAUACGAUUUGAAGUGGGAGAAUAUAACAAAAUCCAAUAAAAAAAUUGCAGAUUUACCUCUAGAUUUAUAUGAAAACAUUCUACAUACAUUUUCUCUUCCAAAAAUUUCACAGCAAGAUAUGUUACAAUUAAAUGGUGUAUAUUCAGGCACACCAGAAUUAUUAUAUUUUCCUUUAACUGCCUUUGGUAAUAUUAUUGUUGGUUAUAAGAUUCUGUCGAUUGAAUCAGAGCAAACUAUACCUGUCUCUAAUGUUGGUGGUUAUAUUAUGUAUAAGCUGAAGAGUGGCAGGAGCGAUGGGACAGCAGUGAUUGUGCCAACAAUACAUGACUUACUGGCAUUGGUGUCUCAAAGAGCAGCGAAUUUAAUUAUCUGUUUGCCAUACAAUUUGCAGAACUUGCCACAACAGUUGUUGCCAAGUUUAGAAAGUUUCAAGAAAUUGAUCUUGUGGUUUGGAAAUGAUGAGCCUAGCUGGAAUACAGCCAAGCAAUUCGCUAAAAAAUUAAAUGAAAAGAGAUGCUAUUUUGUAAGACCAAUCGACACGCAACCCAGACCAAAGUUAGCUGCUGACAAAGGCUAUGAUCUUAAAAGUAUUUUAGCAAAUGCGCAACAGAUAUGGCACAAGAGUAUUACCACUUUUGAUGAUCUCAGGCAAGAUGUAUUAUGCGAUUUGCAAAAUGUUGAUAAGGUUCAAGGUGUAAAAUGGAAAAGAUAUCCUGCUUUGAAUCGAAUUUUAAAAGGACAUAGAAGAGGAGAGUUUACAAUUCUAACUGGACCAACUGGCUGUGGCAAAACUACAUUUAUGAGCGAAUACUCGCUAGAUUUAGCUAUGCAAGGAGUCAAUACACUUUGGGGUAGUUUUGAAAUCAGAAACGCUCGACUGGCUAAAACUAUGUUGCAACAAAUGGCGGGAGUGUCUCUGGAAGAUAAUUUAGAUAAAUUUAAUACAUAUGCUGAUGCUUUCAACAAGCUGCCGAUUUACUUUAUGACUUUUCAUGGUCAGCAAAACAUCAAAGUUGUUAUGGAUGCAGUUGAGCAUGCAACGUACGUGCACGACAUAGCACAUGUGAUAAUCGACAAUAUGCAAUUUAUGAUGGGUAUAUCGGACGAAUCAAAGCAUUUUGAUAAAUAUUGGAAACAAGACAAAAUCAUAGCAGAGUUCAGAAACUUUGCUACAAAGUACAACUGUCACGUCACAUUGGUUAUACAUCCUAGAAAGGAGAAAGAAGAAGAAUUGACAACUUUGUCUAUUUUUGGUAGUGCCAAAGCGAGUCAAGAAGCUGAUAACGUAUUAAUUAUACAAGAUAAAAGACUUACUAGUGUAAGAGGAAAAAAAUAUUUGCAGGUUGCAAAGAAUAGAUAUAGUGGAGAUUUGGGUAUAAUGAUUUUGGAGUUUGAUAAGAACAAACUUAGCUUUGCACAGAAAAAGAAAAUAAAGUCCGAAGAAGAGAAAGAAACAAAAGUGACUUCAUCUGUAGAAAACUGAUUAAAAUCACGACAAAAUAACUAAAAGAAAGUAAUAACCGUGGGCGGGUUGAGCA